AACAGGACACACUGGAUUUGUCCGUUCCUGAACACACCACAGGAAGAACCGGGCGUUGGAAAGAAUCUGUUCUCUGCUGCAUCUCAUCUUGUGGCGAACUGCCCGGAGCGACGCACAUGCAAACGAAGAAGCAGCGAGGUUGUCUUGUUUUUGGCAGUGCAUGCACGCGGCCAGAAUGCGGCACGGCUAAGCCCAUUCGGUGAGCAGACCGAGUGACGACAAAGAGAGUUUCAGAUGUUGGAUGCAUUUCUCCACCGUUUUCUUUCUGCAUCUUAGCGUGUGUGGAUGGACAGCACGAGCGCAUGCGCUUUUUUUAGAGUGUCUUUGCCUUCUCUGGACUUCCGUCCUCGUCUCUCUGAGCGAAGACCGGCGACAUUUCAACGUGUCCACACUGCGAACCAGAUGGAAAACAAGACAGAGAGAUCCCCUUUUUGACGACUGACGCGUCUCACGGCUUUCUUCGACUCCAACUUUCGACAGGCAAAAACAAAGAAAACUCCGCAGCCUUGCCCGUUGCGUUUGUCUCGCCCUCGCUUGUCCUCUGGAGGCGAAGGGAACAGGCGCAGAUUGCGACCUUGCAAAUGCUGUGUGUUUUUUUUAACGAGGAAACGCACAAUCUGUGUUGUGUUUGAAAAAAACAUCGUAAAACAGAAGGAGACCCAGACAACUGGUAGACUGGCAAGCCGCUAGGGGAGCUGCUUUAUCUCGAGAUCAAUCGCGUACUCUUUUCCAGGUCCUCUUUCCUUCCUAGCUCCUCUCUCUUUCUCUCCUCUCUUUCUCUCCUCUCUUUCUCUCCUCUCUUUCUCUCCUCUCUCGUUCGCUUUUUUCGCCGUUCAAGCGUUAGUCCGCCCUCUUCUCUGGUGUGUCGAUUCACGGCCGUCUUGUCUGGUUGCGUCUCUCGUCGAUUUCUUUGUCUUUCGUCAGCAUGAUUAAAUUCAUUCUGAUGGUCAACAAGCAAGGCCAGACGCGCCUCUCUCAGUACUACGACUUCGUCCCCAUUCCAGAGAGAGUCGCUUUGGAGGGAGAGUUGAUUCGGAAGUGCCUCGGUCGAACAGAACUCCAGUGCUCGUUCGUUCAGCAUCGACAGUACAGCGUGAUCUACAGAAGAUAUGCGAGUCUUUACUUCAUUGUCGGUGUGAAGGACGAGGAGCUGAACGAACUGGCGAUUCUCGAAUUUAUUCACUGCCUCGUCGAGACCCUGGACAAGUUUUUCGAAAAUGUCUGUGAACUCGACAUCAUGUUCCACUUGGAGAAAGCGCAUUUCAUUCUCGACGAAAUGGUCAUGGACGGCUGCAUCGUCGAGACAAACAAAUCUAACGUUCUGUCUCUCAUCCACAUGAUGGACGCUGCCUCCAACUCGUGAAUGUGCCGAAGAGAGUUCUCAGAUUCAUGUGUACAGACACCUGACGGUUGCGUCUCUCUCUCUCGAAAGGCCGAAGAAGGCACUUCGCUGCGUCCGGUCUUCCGAGGGAGUCUGUCGACUCCGGCAGCGACGGUUUGCCUCUGUCGUCUCCAUGUUGAUUUUUCUCUGGAGGUGUCAUAACUCUACCUUUUUUCGUCCUGAAGGAUCUCCUUUUCCGACGGUUGUCAGAUUGUCGACGCGUUUCUAUACGUUUCUCUACCUCUCUGUGUCGACCCGUUGACGUAAAUCCUUGUCAGAAUCGCAUUUACCUCUCUCUGUCUCUCUCUACACUUCGAGCUCCCUAGGGUCUCUUUCUGUUUCUUUCUGCGGCUUCGUUUCUGUAUCUUUAUCUCCAAGGGAGAACGCGAUUUCCUGGCGCGCUGGAAGCAAGGACAGAAGAUUCCAGUUCGCUUCUCUUGCUAGACCGUUUUUUUCGUCCUCUCCUCCAAGCUCGCGCGUCGUCGGUCUCCUUUCCAGUUCCAGGUGCUCCAAGGUUCCUUCCUCUCGGUGACUUCCAUGCAGACCCCCGGUGCUCAUCUCCUGUGUUUGUUCUGCUUUCUCCGGUAAACAGACCAUCUGCAUCAGCGUGCAUGCAGUCGGAGGACGCCUACCUUGUCUUCUGACUUUUGAUGUUUUUUUUUCCCUUGGUGAAAGCUCUCGAUUUUCUCCUGCAUGCAUGCAUCCUCGCUCAGAUCCCAGUGCCCAGUGUGUGGCCGGCGUCUCCGUUUUCCCCUCCGCUUCCUGUUUCUACUCUCUCCUUUUCUCUCUCCUCUCUUUCAUCCUGCCUCUUUCUCAAGGAAAAAACAGAGUAGAGAGAUCCUCUUUUCACCACAGUCUCUUUGUACGCUGUCCAAAAGGAACUCAAGGCGACAUGAGCUCGAGCGCUGCGGCGUCUCUAAGGGGCACGC